AUGAAGGCUUAUCACUCCCUUGCUAUUUUGGCACUCGUAGCGUUCCAGCGCCAUGCUACCGCCAUUCCGGUAGAAGGAGCGUCCUCCAUAAAGCGAGCCAUUUCUUCAGUUGUUAGUGGUACACCAAUGGGAUUCGCCUCCGCCGCUACGGGUGGUGGUGAUGUUGAUCCAGUAUAUCCAAGCACCAUCGAUGAGCUGAAGGAUUAUCUCGAAUCGAGUGAUCCACAGGUCAUUGUCAUAUCUGGCGAGUAUGACUUUGUCGGAUCCGAGGGCACCUCAUCCUACACUGCUUGCAACGCCUACUCUUGCACCCCAUCAAACGGCGGACAGGCUCUGCUCGACACCGUCAGCGGCUGUGGUACAACUGCGACGUAUACUGUAACCAUUGACACGGCUGGUUUCAGGGGCAUCAACGUACAAUCCAACAAGACUCUAGUGGGCAAGAAUGGUGCAACCCUCAAUGGAAAAGGUCUGCGACUUGUAAAUGUGGACAACAUCAUUAUCCAGAACAUUGCCAUUACCAACUUGAACCCCCAAUACGUCUGGGGAGGUGAUGCUUUCGUUCUCGCGGGAACCUCGAAUAUUUGGAUCGACCACGUCACCACUUCACUUACCGGCCGUCAGCAUUAUAGUUUUGGAUACGACGCCAGCACCUCGACCACCAUCUCAAACAGUUUUCUCAACGGCCAGACAACCAACUCGGCUACAUGUGACGGCCACACUGUCCGUGUCUCUAUAUUUGCUCUUCUAUACUUUGCCAACGUUUACCCUGCAACAGGAAACUACGUCUACUACACUUCGGGCCGCACGCCAGCUCUAUCCGGCACCACUCUGUUCCACGCCAUCAACAACGUGUGGUCCUCCAACUCUGGCCACGCGCUCGAGGGGACCACGUCCACCGGCUACGGCCUCUACGAGGGCAAUUACAUUGUCGAAAUCCCCACUGUCUUGGACUCUUCCUUUGCCGGCCAGUUAUUCACUUCCAACGCCGGCGAUGUAUCCAAGUGCGCAGCGUACCUUGGCCGUAACUGUGUUCCCAAUACUCUGUCCAACUCGGGCGCCUUUAGCAGCAGCGACACUGGUUUCUUGAGCAUGUUCUCUGGCAAGACUGUCCCGGCUUCCGCAUCGGUUUCAUCUAUUCAGAGCACUGUCCCUUCAUCAGCUGGAAACACGCUAUAA